UUGAGACAGUACUCUUUGAUUCCUUCAUGCGAAUGUUUGAAUCGAUAUGCAUAUUUCUUGCUUGAUCUAACUGUUUACAGAUUUAGAAUUCAUAUGUAAACAGAAAGCAUGACAAUCUUAUUAGUAGGAAGGUGCGAAGCUGGGGGAAAAAAACUAAGACACAGGCAUAAAUAAAUAAACCUGCUAUUUUAAUUGCUAGGUGAAUUCUGUCAUUCAUAUACUAUUAAAACAUGAGUGAUACUACUGACACUGAUGUCCCCCAUGUGAUAUAUGAUUUCUAUUAUGGAUUGAGUUUGGCAGUCUCUUCAAGUCUCUUUAUUGGUGCAAGUUUUGUAAUAAAAAAGAAAGGAUUGUUAAAACUUGGCGUUCAAGGUCAGACUAGAGCAGGUUUAGGGGGUUAUGGCUAUUUAAAGGAAUGGAUUUGGUGGGCUGGGCUUCUUUCUAUGGGUAUUGGUGAAGCUGCUAAUUUUGCUGCGUAUGCAUUUGCACCAGCUAGUCUCGUAACUCCUCUUGGAUGUCUAAGUGUUCUUGUAAGUGCUAUAUUUUCUUCAAAGUUUCUGGGAGAAAGACUUAAUUUGUUGGGUAAAAUUGGUUGCUUUCUGUGUAUCAUUGGUUCUACCAUUAUUGUUUUGCAUUCACCUAAAGAGGGUACUGUAGACAGUAUAGAAAGACUUGGAGAGCUGCUUCUAGAACCAGGAUUUGUUGUUUAUGUGAUUAUAAUCGUCAUUUCAUCCUGUUUAUUAGUUAUAUUUUGCGUUCCAAGGUAUGGAUCUAGUAAUGUUGUGGUGUAUGUUUUAAUAUGCUCUAUGAUUGGAUCAUUAUCAGUGAUGGAAUGCAAAGGCUUGGGUUUAGCUUUACGAGAGACUUUUGGUGGUUCUCGAAACGAAUUUAGCAACUGGUUGACUUGGUUUCUCUUACUGUCUUUGAUUUUGUGCAUUACAGUACAGAUAAAUUAUUUAAACAAAGCCUUAGACACGUUUAAUACGUCAGUUGUUACUCCGGUUUAUUAUGUAUUUUUUACAACAUUUGUAAUUAGUGCUUCUUCAAUUUUAUUUAAAGAAUGGGGUAACAUGGCCGCUUCAGAUGUUAUGGGUAAUUUAUGUGGAUUUUUCUCUGUUAUAUGUGGGAUAUUUUUACUAAAUGCGUUUAGAGAAUGGGAUAUAUCCCUUAGUAACUUGAAUACUUUGUUACAAAAGAAAGAAGAUUCAAAAUUUGAUGAGAUUGAAGAUGAUGUUGAUACUUCUGUAUUAAUAGAUUGUCAUUCUCAUAGAAAUGGUGAAACGUCAAACUUAUUAGAAAGACAUUCUAGACAAAAUAGUCUUGAGUCUAGAACAUUUGCAGCUCUAACGAGUACUUCAGAGACUGCAUAUAAUUCUUUAUUACCAUUUACUACUAAGUAAAAAAACAUCUAUUUCAAAGUAUUAUUCAGAUCCGUUACUUGCAGUUCAGUGAUUAUUUUCAUGAGAGUAUUAUUAUUUUUUAAUAACAAACAUCGAUUUUAAUGAAUAAGAUAUUUCAAUAUAUUAGAAUUUUUUUCAAGUUAGCAUGCAGAAAGGAUAAUGCUUUAAUAACAUAAAGAAAAACCUAGUCUGAACAAUAAAUAAUUGAAAAAUUUUCAUGCACCAAAAAUGUGAAUGUUUCUAUAUAGUUAGAUUUCAUUGAAAAUUGCAGUCUAUGCCGUGCAAUGUGAUAUAGUUAAGGUACCAAUCAUUCAAUAAUUUUUUUUUUCAAAAAUAAAUACUUCUGAUGUUAUUUUUGGGAAAUAAAAUGUAUUUAAUGUGUUAAAGUUCAAUUCUUUAUUUGUUUGCAAUGAAAAACAAAUGUUCUGUAACUCCCAUUAACUUAUGGUUUAAUAAAAUUUACACCAAUUAUUUGUAUAUUGAAUAAAAUUUAUUCAUGAAAUAGGAAAAAGGUUCAGUUUUUUAAAAAAUCCUUUGGUAUCAUUGUUGUCCCUUUUAUAUAUUUUUUUUUUGAACUAUGAAGUUUAUUAUUAUUAUAUUCAAAGGACAGCAGGUUUUGCCUUUAAUGCCUUCUUUUCCUUAACAAAUAUUUUACUUCUUUUUGGAAAACUGCUAUUCAUUUGUACUGAUUUUUAUCUGUAGAUUUAGUACUGUCUGGUUGUAAAUUAUUUUGAUUGGAGAGGGGGAUUUGGAUACGCCUCUGUGUCUUUUGAAAUUGUGGUCCUGCUUAGAAUUAAUACUAUGUUAAUACUAAAAUAGCCAUUUUUAGUUGCCAAUCGAGAAAUUUUUAAGGUUUUUUUAAUUGGGGCAUUUAAGUGUGAAAUUUUUGUUUUAUGGCCUGAUUGAAGUGAAUAGCUGUUGGAAGCAAAUAAGGGGGUUUGUUAAUUUUAAUUUAUUUGCCUUUUGUUCACAACGAAAACAUCAAAAGCAUAACUUCUCAGCGAAUAAAUUUUGUGUAGAGAUGCAUUUUGAAUGAAAACAAAUCUAAGAAUAAAAGUGGAUUGUCGAGUUAUUUUUAAGUACUCUAUAUUUUUUCGAAAAUUUUGUUAUCUAUAUCUUUAUUUAUCCAUAUCAGAAUUACUCUUGUUCUUUUAAUUUCAUUAUAUAUAUAUUUACCUUUCAUUAUAUAUGUUUAUGUAAACGAAACUUUCAAAAUUACUGCACACAACUCAUGAAAACUUUUCCCUUAUGGUUACCAAAUUUUCUUUAAAAAAUUGUUUUUACCGGGACUUUGAAUGACAUAAAAAUUCCAUUAUGAAAAUAUGAUCAAACCCCUUUAAAUUAAUUAGAAUUUAAUAUGUAUUGGCUUUCAUUUUAUCAGUUCUUUGUAUUAUAAUAUGUAGUAUUCCUUAAUCAAAUGAAGCGUAGUUAUUUAUUCAUAUAUGGGGCCAAAUAUAAAUGCUGUUCAUUUCUAGUUAAAUAUAAUUACAUUUUAUUUCAAUAUUUCUUGAAGCAAGACUUGAUUUUGAUUUUCAAAUUUUGUCUUAGAUUUGGUGGUUUCCUAAUAUUUGCUUUAAUAUUUUGUAAUUCUUUUAUUUUGGUUCACUACGGCAUUUAACUACUUAUAUUAUUACCCAAGAGAACGUUCGUUUCAGGAACCCGAAAUUAUAACUUUUGGAUUAUUUUAGCCUGUAGAGGGGUGAUACGCGGUGUAAGAUGAACUUCUCUUUGGCAAGUCUUCUCCAUUGUUCCGGGGCCGCGGUGGCAAGGUCUCGGCUUGCGAGUCGUAGGGUUUCAGGUUCGAGGCCUGAUUCCACUGACGAACCGUCGUGUAAGGGUGUCUGUUGCACGUUAAAUCCGCCAUGCCAAACGUCCUCCCGCUGGUGUGGUGUGGCGUGGAGUGCCAGCUCAGUGUCGUCCUCGUUAUCUGACCGCGGUUCAAUAUUACGAGGUCCGUCCCAAAAUAGCCCUAGUGCUGCUUUACAACGGGAUGUUAAUAUAAUUAAACUAAAAAAAUCCCCUUUAUUCCGUUUGAUGCACCCCCCCCCUAUCGUUUUGAAUCGUACUAUUUUAAUUCAAAAUUUGGAUAUUUGCUUUUCAAAUGGCUACUUCAUCUUUGCUGAUUACCCGCGGCGGCUAUGCCGUCUUGUUAAUGUCAUGGUUUACUGUAUUCUUAAAUAAAUGCAAACAUUUCCAUCUUACUAGUUUCAAUGAAAUGAAUACUUCCAGACGUAUGCGCGAGUACGCAGAAGGCUUCCAUGUCAGAGAAUAGAUAAUAUACUGCUUAUAUUGUUUUUUAGUAUGAUCAAAAUGUCAACCUAUUUUUACAACUAACGGUAAAAUUGAACUUUCUUUUAUUGCAAUAUAUUUAUCUAAACAUGCUAUUCACAUGCCUUUUUAAAAGUGUAAGGAAUUUUCCACUGUGUAAUUUAUUGUUUUCAUUUAAUGACAAUAAGAUGUGUUUAAUUUAUACAUGCAUUAAAUUUUAAAUUUACACUAUUAUUUUUUAAAUUAUUAUUUUAUUCAAUUCAGUUCUUUUUAUUACAUCUUUUUCCAGCAUUUAUAUUUUCAGUUUCCAAGAAUGUAGUAAUUUGCUGUAAAUGUAUUUGGACCUCAACACAUUUUUAAAAAGCAAUAUUUUAAAAAAAUCAAUUAAUGAUUUUGAAAAUAAAUUGGGAUGAAAAAAAAAAAAAAAAA